ACCGGCCGGAAGUGCCUUGCGCGGGGGGCCCCUCGGUGGCGGGCAUCUUCUCCGCUGGGCCUUUGUUCCCGGGCGCGCGCCAGCGCCAGGGCGGGAGCCCCCUACCUCCUCGCCUUUUCCAGGCCUAAGGACACUUCCAAAGGUGUUUCUAAAACAUAACUCCAGCUGGUGGGUCCCUUUUAAGCUAUUCGAGAUCAAGAUGAAUACAGACCCCAAGGAGGUUUUAUCCCUGGAUGUUCAAGCUCCUGAGGUUUGGGAAGAACUUCUGACACUGAAAGUGGAGGCAGAAAGUCACUUCCAAAUGCAGGAAUCCAGGCUGAAACGAAAUAACCCACUGGCAAGGGAGAUCUUCCGAAGACACUUUCGACAGCUCUGUUACCAGGAGACCCCUGGACCAAGGGAGGCUCUCACCCGACUCCGGGAACUUUGCUACCAGUGGUUGAGGCCACAUGUGAGCACGAAGGAGCAGAUUCUGGAUCUGCUGGUGCUGGAGCAGUUCCUAUCUAUCCUGCCCGAGGAGCUCCAGGGCUGGGUGAGGGAGCGCUGUCCAGAAAGUGGGGAGGAGGCGGUGAUUUUGCUGGAGGAUCUGGAGAGAGAGCUCGAUGAACCACAACAUGAGAUGGUAGCCUACAGACUUGGACAAGAAGUCCUCCCUGAAGGGACAGUGUCUCUAGGAGAGCAAAUGUCACUGGGCCUCCAGUCCCAGCCUAAGGAGCCCCAACUCACAUGUGACCCUGCUCAGGAGCCCCAACACAUUGGAGAGACAGAUGGAAUGACGGAGACUGAGGACAGAGAGUUGGUGCUCAGGAAAGACUGUCCUAAGAGGGUGGAACCACGUGGGAAAAUGUCUUACGAGAAGACCUGGGAGGUAUCCCAACAGGAUCCCCGACACGGAGAAGUGGGUGAACGCAAGGGUGGGAUGGAGCAGCACUGGGGAGGGCCCUUAAGAGACCCACCACACAGAUGUGAGGAAUGUGGGAAGAGCUUUGCUCAGAGCUCAGGUCUCGUUCGACAUCAAAGAGUUCACACUGGAGAACGACCCUAUGAGUGUAAUGAGUGUGGGAAAACCUUCAGUCGGAGUUCGGGUCUUUUUAAUCACCGAGGAAUCCACAACAUAGAGAAACGUUACCACUGUAAGGAGUGUGGGAAAGCCUUCAGCCAGAGUGCAGGUCUCAUCCAGCAUCAGAGGAUCCACAAGGGAGAGAAGCCCUAUCAGUGCAGCCAGUGCAACAAGAGCUACGGUCGCCGUUCAUUUCUCAUCGAGCAUCAGAGAAGCCACACGGGGGAGCGACCUCACCAUUGCAACAAAUGCGGGAAAAGCUUUAAUCGCCAUUGCAACCUCAUCCGCCAUCAAAAGAUCCACGCGGGGGCUGAGCUGGUCUAAUCCUUACUGUGUGCAAGUGUUCUGGAUCCCUGGCCAAACCAUGUGGGGUAGGUUAAGACUAGGAAAUGCCUUUCUUCCUGUCUCCACUAAAUGUGUUUUCGUCCGGGGACACCCAAAGAGAAAGGUUUGGGGUUUUGAAGCUGCUGCUUUCCCUUUGGUUCCUUUGCCCCUUCCUGGUUCUUACCACCCCGUCCCUCUCUAUUUAUUCUCUUUGAGAUGGCUGCUAAACAUUUCUAACUAUAUAACAAGUGGCACUGCUAUAGCCAGCAUGCCAGAAAGAUCUGUAUCUGUGUUUAAUUCCUAAGAUCACACAGAGCUCUGCUGAUGUUUACAGUAAAUGGAUCUUUGGUGUUCCCUGUGACCAGGAUCUGCGUAGUAAACACCUUUUCUGCUGCUGCUUCCCUCUGACGCCUACAUGAUGCUCCGCUGGAAUAGUGACCAGCACUGGCUGAGUGCUUCAUGGUUUGCAAAGUACUUCCAUUUACUUAACAUCACAUGGUCCUCGCAACAAUCACACAGGGAAAUGAAUAUUGUCAUUAUCGUGUUUUACAGAUGAGGAACUGAAGAUUCAGAAAACCCAAGCCUCAGAGCCAAGGUUUCAACCCUGGACUUUUAUUUUUAGUAAAUUUUUUCUAAUGAUUUAGUUUAAUUU